AUGGUUAGACUUGGUGAUGAGUCAUCGGCAGCGGCGGCGGAAAGAGGCGGUGGCGGUGGCGGUGGUGGUGGCGGUGGGGCAGUAGUAGUAGUGAAACCAGGAUGGCUUGAAGGGUUAACUCGGGAGAGAUUCUUUGAAGGGUGCGAAAGCCACCGGCAGAGGAGGAAGAACGAGAAGAACAUCUUCUGUCUUCACUGUUGCCUCAGCUUUUGCCUUCACUGCCUCCCUUCUCAUCCUUCCAAUCAUCAUCCCCUUCUUCAGGUGAGGCGUUAUGUUUACCAUGAUGUUGUGAGAUUUGACGAUCUGGAGAAGCUGAUUGACUGCUCUUAUAUUCAGAAUUACACAAUUAAUGGUGCGAAAGUGAUAUUCUUAAAUGAGAGAGCACAGUCAAUUAGGUCGUCAAAUUCUUCGUCGUCUUCUUCUUCGAAAGGGUCUGGCAACUUUUGCCUCACCUGUUGCAGAAUCCUACAGGAGCCAUACCUCUUCUGUUCUCUUUCAUGCAAGGUGGAUUAUAUGGUGUACCAAGGGGAAGACUUAUUGAACAUGAUAUGUCGUUUUGAUGCAUCCGACAUGGCAUUCUCCCAAUUCGAGGCUCUUCGGAUGAACGGAGAUCAACAUGAAGUCAUUAAUCCAAUUACCUUCGAGAAAGAAGAAGAAGAAAUGAUGAUAUGUAACGAUGAUGAUGAUAUCGAUGAUCAUCAUCAUAAAGGAAAAGGGAAAAAGAAGAGCAAGGCCGCCGCUGGGGGGAGAAGAGGCUUCCUAUCUGGAAUUGUUCUCCCGUUAAGUAAUCGGAGAAAAGGGGCACCUCAUAGGUCUCCUCUUUCCUAA